AUGUUUUCAAGAGUUAAUCCAUUUGAUGAGUCAGUUACUGCUGCAACCAAUGAGAAUCUUACAGUAGAAAACUGGGAACUUAUCUUGGCAGUAACUGAUAAACUAAACCGAGCUACUCCCGAUAGUGCAAGAGAUUGUAUUGCUGCUGUUGAAAAGCGCUUGAAUAAUAGAAAUCCCAAUGUUCAACUUUAUGCCAUUGCACUGGCUGAAGCUUUAGUCAAAAAUUGUGAUAUUACUGUACAUCGUGAAAUAUCUUCUCGCUCAUUCACAAAUACUUUAACUAAGCUUGUUCAUGAUAAGACAGUUCAUCCAAAAGUAAAAACGAGAAUUCUAGAGUUUAUUCAAAUGUGCUCCUUUGAAUUUAGGGCAGAUUCCACUCUUGGUUUAAUAAAUGAAGUAUACCAUUCUUUACGUGCUGAAGGUAUUCAGUUCCCUUCGCCACAAAAGCCAAGAAAAGAGUUUACUCAGUCAGAACUUGAUAAACAAAAAGAAGAAGAGGAAUUACAACUUGCAUUAGCACUUUCACUUUCUGAAUCGGAGAAUCGUCAUACUUAUAAGUCUCAUUCUUUUUUUCCUUGUCAUAAGUCAUCUACAGCUACUACUUCGAACAGUAAUCCUACAGUUACUGCCACUAAGCCAAAGUCAGCAGAUGAUGAAACUGCGCAAAUUUCCCGAGUUAGAGCCUUAUAUGAUUUUCAACCUACAGAGCAAGGUGAACUUGGAUUUCAAAAGGGGGAUAUUAUUCGAGUCAUUGAAAGUGUUUAUCGCGAUUGGUGGAAAGGGGAGCUUCGUGGCAAAACGGGUAUUUUCCCCGUCAAUUAUGUUGAAAAAAUCGUUGACCCUUCUCCUUCUGAUCUCUUAAAAGAAGUCUCAAUUGAAAAUGAAGUCUUGAACGAGACACGUAAUAUUGAUCGUUUAUUGGAAAUACUUUCUAGUGAUACCUCGUCAACUUCAUUUUCUGAUAAUGAAGAGCUUCAAUCAUUGUAUAACAGUACACUCGCCAUUCGACCCAAGUUAGUUAAGCUGAUUGAAAAAUAUAGUUUAAAAAGAGAUGAACUUGUUGCUUUAAAUGAGAAAUUUAUGAGAGCGAGAACAAUGUAUGACAGUAUGCUUUCUAAUUCUAUUGCAAAAUAUUCUACUGCAAAUACUUAUGGAUACCCACCAGCAGUAAAUCAGCAAUCACCUUAUUAUACUGAACAAUCUACUUAUAGUAAUAAUUAUGGUUAUCAGCAAAGUCCUGUACAGGUUAAUACACAAUCUACAUCAAUCUAUGGUAGUAAUGAUGCUAUGACAGCACCUGGCGCUUCCACUGUUACUACUACUAAUCCUCAACAGCAGCCCUAUGAUUAUCAGCAACAAUAUCAUCAGACGUCUUUUGAUAACACUACUACGACUGCUACCACUGCUACUAAUAAUAUUGCUGCCCCUACUGUAAUGUCUCCUCCUCCUCCUCCUCAACAGCAUCAAACUUAUACAAACUAUGCUCCACCUCAGCAGUCAAUAACUACUUCGGAUAACAAUUAUUAUCCACCUGUUAACUAUAAUUCCACAUCUCUCGCUCAUCAGCAACAAUCCCAAACCGCAUAUACAUCAUCUGUUUCUCCUUCUCAAACUAUAUCUGGUUAUCCUCAACAGCAACAAAAUUAUUCCACUCAAAAUUAUUAA